AUGACUGAAGACCACAACAACAACAACAACAGUCCAGACUGCAGCAACACAAACAAAGGCUGGCUGGCACAUCGGUGCUGGGGGCCGGCCAUCUCUGAGGGCCGCCGGUCGACGCCCAGCGUGACCCAGCUGUCCCUCUACCUGUGUGCGCUUCUCGCCCUCGCUGGAGAUCUUCCCAAGACAGGUGAGGGCGCCUUCAUCAACCUGACGGCGCUGGGCCGGUCGGCGUCGCUGCCGCUCUCCCUGGACGACGACUCGCCCUACCUGAGGGACCUCUACUGGCCGCACAACGACUCCUGGCAGAUCGCCGGCUUCGACGACGCCGAGGAGGGACACCUGAUCGGUGACUUCCUGGCGGAGCCGCAGACGACGCCGCGGGCCUCCUCCAGACAGCCUUCCGGCCCGCCAGAGCCGGAGUUCGACGCUGGGCAGGUGACCAACGUGACGGCGCUGCUGGGUGCCACCGCCUACCUACACUGCCGCGUCAGGAACCUGGGCGAGCACGCCGUGUCGUGGGUGAGGCGGCGCGACUGGCACAUCCUCUCGUCCGGCCUGUACACCUACACCAACGACGAACGCUUCCAGGUGAGCAGUUUCAACAACCGUCAGGACUGGACGCUGCACAUCAGAUACGUCCAGAAGAGGGACAACGGCACCUACGAGUGUCAGGUGGCUACGGACAAGGGCCUGAUGUCGCACUACUUCAACCUGCACGUGGUGGUGCCCACGGCGUUUAUACUGGGCAACGGCGAGUACCACAUCGGCGAGGGCAGCACCAUCUCUCUCGUCUGCAUCAUCGAGAAUAGCGAGCCUGCGUCGCGGCCGGUGCAGUGGUGGCACAACGACCGGCCGGUGGGCGGCGCCGGGCCGCGGGGCGUCUCCGUCAUCACGGAGCCGGGCCCGCGCACCCACUCCAGGCUGGUCGUCUCCAGCGCCACGCGCGCCCACUCCGGCAACUACACGUGCGCCGCGCCGGACACCGAGCCCGACACCAUCAACGUGUACGUCUCUCAAGGUGACAAUAUAGCAGCGAUCCAGAAACAAGAAGUUUCCCACGCGUUUCACCACUCGUCGGCGAGGCCAGUUGUCGUCAGUAUAGCGAUUUCCGUUCUGAGGGAAUUUUGGCGAUGACAACACUUUACU